GACAGGGUUGAACUCGCAAUUCUUGCGCUCAGUUAAUCUCCAGCAAAGAUGUUGCCGUCAGGAAGAACAGUCAAGCGACAACGGCCUACAGAUGCUAGCCAAGAUGCAAAAGUUAGUCGAUCCAAACGUCUCAAGACUACUUCUGAAGAAGUACUACACAAAGGCAAUGCUGCUGUCGCAUCGUCGGAUAAGAAGAAGAAAUCUUCGGAUUGGUCUCUUGAGCUUAUGUUUCGGGGAAAUAUCUUCAACAUUGAUCCAGUUUUCUCAGUAGACGAGAAGUAUCUCUUCUUCAGUCGCGGUGAUGCCGUUCAGGUAUACUCGAUGGCGACGCAACGACCCGUCAAGACUCUUACAAUGAAGGACUCUUCACAUGUCACAGGACUGCACCUCGUUCCAUCGGACCCUCAGCAUCUAUACAUUUCCACACUUUCCGGCAGACUUAUACAAUGGGAUUGGGACACAGGUCGAGAAACCAUCAACCGCGCAAAUUUUGCUAAAGUAUCGCUAUUCGGAAUCGUUCCCCUCAAAGUUCAAGACGAGCAAAAAGAGCGCUUGGCGUAUUUUGCAGUCAAGUCGAAAGGAUCCCGUCACCACAUUGUUGUGAACACGGAGUGGGCGCAACGAAAAGAUUCUGCCGAUAAUGUGGUGCUAGAUACUGCCAAUACUAUCAAUCAUUUCAAGGUUGUUCAAGGCGGCCAAUUUAUUGUUGCCUGUGCUCGCCAGCAACUUAUCAUUGGAACCUUGAGCCCGAAGUCGAAGGAAAAGGGACAUUAUAACGACUAUGAAUGGAGAGAGUACAGAAUCCCCGUUAAGCAGAUUACCUGCUUGGAUGUCCGAGAAACACAGACUGGUGUUUCCGGGGAGAAAUCAACUGCGUCGAUUGACAUAGCUGUUGGAGAUGCGUCUGGGGUCAUUCUGGUUUACAAUGAUGUAUUGGGCUCUAUUAGCCGCGAGGGGGCAUCUGGUCUACCUCUGCUUCAACGAUUGCAUUGGCACCGUGAAGCUGUCGCUUCUCUUCGGUGGUCACAAGAUGGCAACUACAUAAUUUCGGGAGGAAAGGAGUCGGUUAUAGUCUUUUGGCAACUUGAUUCUGGUCGCCGGAAUUUCCUGCCCCAUUUAUCGUCUCCGAUUCGCAGUAUCACAAUCUCCUCGGUUGGAGCUUUGUAUGCCGUUCAAUUGGCGGACAGGUCCAUUACAGUAAUCUCAGCAACGGAGCUGAAUUCAGUGGCUACUAUAGACGGGUUACAUUUACCAUCAACAUUUGAUGCAAUUGUUGAUACCAAGGACAGGGGCGUUGCGCGCAGUGAAAGGUUGCCUGCUAUACUUCAUCCUCUCCAACCCGAGCGAUUACUUCUAGCGAGCCCCGGUGGUGACUCUGUGAAUCUUACGUUCCUUCAAACUUUCAAUAUCCAAACCGGGUUAAAUAUCUCCCGGCAAGCUCUUGCGCGAACGAAUGUGACGAUUUUGAACAGAGGUCCAGAAGGAACACCUAUCCAACCACCCAAUGUAGAAUUCAUGGACCUGAGUGUGAACGGCCAGUGGCUCGCAACUGUAGAUUCUUGGAGUCCGCCCCGGCAAGAUGUUGAGGCAUCUGUAGGCCCUCUUCUCCCCGAGGACCCGCAACUGCAGAGGCGUACUGAGAUAUUCCUGAAGUUCUGGCAUUGGAGUGAGACACAGGGUAUCUGGGAACUAGCAACACGGGUUGAGUCUCCUCAUUUGGCUCCAUCCGGCGAAGCACUCCAAAUUCUUUCGCUCAAAGCUCGCUCAGAUCGGCCUGAAUUCGUCACACUUGGCACCGACCUACUCGUCAAAGUUUGGCAGCCUACUGCCCGUUACACCAUUUCUACUAAAUCGCAACCUCGUUCAAAUUCAAUGGAGCAUACUUGGAAGAAUCUUACCUCGAUGGACUUGUCAUAUGUUGGUUGUGAUGCCUCCGCAGGAGCCAUGGUCUUUUCCGAGGAUGGAUCUAUCCUUGCUGUGGGAAUAAAGAAUACGGUUCAUUUGAUUGAUACUCGACAAUGGACUGUAUAUUGCAGUCGUCAGGUUUUCCCCAUUGAUAGCGUUCGAAGCGUCGAGUUCCAGGGUCGGUUCUUGGUGGUCUUGUCUGAGCAGUCUCUUGCCGUGUGGAACGUAGUCGACGAUGUUGUGCAAACUCCUGCAAAGUCAGCCUUGACAAGCUCUGGCUCAUCCAAGCACAUUGCUCUGGCUGCGGAUUCGUCUUCAGACACAUUCGCCGUUGUGACAAGGGCCAAGGGAGCAAAUCUGCCUGGCCAAUCCAGCCGCAAAUCAACUUACAACAUAGCCGUGUACAAGACAUCAACCAUGACUCUGUUAUCAGAGUCUGAGUUGGAGAAACCCCCAAUUAAGUUCCUCGCCGACGCGAAUAAUGGAGGCUAUAUCGCUAUUGAUGCUGCAGCAAAUCUCUGGCGAUUCAGUCAUCCCAGCCGAAAUACACAAGCCCUAACUGUGUCCACAGAGGCAUCUGUACAACAUGCAGCUGCGGGCGCUGGUCUUGAUAGCAUCUUUGGUCGUGCCGGUCAGAAAACUUUAGAGCAGACACGUCAACAACAGCCAAUAACGCCAACCCUCAAAUCAGAGAAUCUUGGGGGCAUAUUUGACCGUGCACCGCCUUUUGCAUUGCCGCCUGCAACAGCGCUAUUCAAGGACGUUAUCAAUGCUCUUGUAUCCAGUUCCUGAAGAGUUUCUCGAGUCAUGAAGAAAAGUUUGUUGGUCCAGCAUUUACACGGGCGUUUAGUCUUAUUCUUUCUUUGUCAGAUACGCAAGAGUAUAUAGCAAUGUCAAGGUUCCACGCCCAGAAUUUAGGGCAAGCAUUUACA